AUGAAACGAGAACCUAAGCUAGCAGUGAUUUUACAGGCAAAAAUCAAGGACUAUGUCAAGAAUGGUUAUAUUCGUAAAUUUAGUUCGGCCGAAGUAAAACAGCCGAAAUCUCGAGUGUGGUAUCUCCCAAUAUUUCCUGUUUGUAACCCAAAUAAACCCGGGAAGAUAAGGAUUGUGUGGGAUGCAGCUGCUAAAACUCAAGGUGUAUCCCUUAAUGCUAUGCUCCUUAAAGGGCCAGACCAGUUAACAUCCCUAAACUCUGUGCUACAAACAUUCCGUGAAAGAAAGGUGGCCAUUUGCGGAGACAUCCGUGAAAUGUUUCACCAAACACUCAUCGCUGCUGAAGAUCAGGACUGUCAACGCUUUCUUUGGAAAGAGAGAACAACCGAUACGGAGCCCAGUACAUAUGUCAUGCAGGUUAUGACGUUUGGUGCAUCUUGUUCGCCAAGUUGUGCACAGUAUGCAAAAAAUUUGAACGCAAAGGAGCACGAAGGACAGUUUGCUGCGGCAGCUGAAGCGAUUACGAAGAAGCAUUAUGUGGACGAUAUGCUUGCCAGCGUUGAAACGGAAGAUGAAGCGAUCAAACUAGCAUUAGAUGUGAGGUACGUGCACGCUCAAGCUGGCUACGAGAUGCGAAAUUGGCUUUCUAACUCUCCAAUUGUUCUCAAAGCAUUGGGCGUAGAUAGCACAGGCGAGAUGAGUCUCAAUAUUACCUCCGAAGUAGCAACCGAAAAAAUCCUGGGCAUGUGGUGGUGUACAACAACCGAUACGUUUACUUAUAAGCUUUCUCCGAAACACGAUCGUAUGUUACUAGCUGGAAUGCGGAAACCAACAAAACGGGAGAUGUUACGCACGUUAAUGGCAAUUUUCGAUCCAUUAGGACUGAUUUCCAACCUUCUCAUUCUGUUGAAAAUUCUUCUGCAGGAGAUCUGGCGUUCAGGAAUAAGUUGGGAUGAAGAAAUUCCAGAUACACUCAACGAUAAGUGGGAGCACUGGUUACUGAUUCUUCCCCAGGUACAGUCUAUUAGAAUCCCACGAUGUUAUCGCACUACAACAAGCUUAGGAGACAGCACAAAAGUUCAAUUACACACGUUUGUAGAUGCCAGCGAGUAUGGUUACGCUGCUGCCGUCUACCUUCGUUUCGAAGAGAAUGGCUAUGUGGAAUGUUCAAUCGUCUCAGCAAAAGCAAAAGUAGCACCGCUGAGGUUCAUCUCUAUUUCCAGUUUAGAAUUGCAGGCUGCAGUUAUAGGUGCCAGACUGGCGGAAGCAAUAGUACACUCUCUUUCGUUCAACAUAGAAGAACGAAUCUACUGGACGGACUCCCGAGAUGUUCUGUGUUGGAUUCGAUCGGAUCACAGACGUUACUCACAAUUCGUUGCAUUUCGGGUUAGCGAACUAUUGGAAACAACUACGGUUUCGAGCUGGCGGUGGGUUGGAACGAAGGACAAUGUUGCUGACGAUGCGACCAAAUGGAACCGAAAGCCUGAUCUCGAAAGCAACAGCAGAUGGAUUAGAGGACCAGAUUUUCUUUGGAAAGACCCUGAAAGUUGGCCGAAAGAAUCGUUUCACAACAAUAGCACGAAAGAGGAAUUGAGAGCCCAUCUUAACUAUCACGCCGCUACAAUAACUCAAGUAAUUGAUUUGAAUUAUUACGGAACGUGGAGAAAACUUCUUCGCGUCACAGCGAUGGUAUUUCGUUACAUAAGUAAUCUUCGGGAAACUGUCGCACAGCAGACACGAAACAACAAUGCGCUAUCCAUGGCAGAACUACAAAGAGCAUCAGUUUAUCUCUACAAACAGGUGCAAAUCGAGGCAUAUUCUGAGGAGAUCGCGAUUCUUGCAAGCGGUAAACGAGAAAUAGCGAAAGCUAGUCCUAUAUUCAACUUCACACCAUUCUUGGACGAGCUAGGAGUAUUACGAAUGCAAGGGAGAAUUGGCAACUGUGAAUAUGCUUCAAUGGAUACAAAAAAUCCUAUCGUUCUGCCGAAGGAUCACCACGUUACAAGACUCAUUGUACUAGACUACCACGUCAAGUAUCAUCAUUGCAAUAAUGAAACGGUGGUCAACGAGAUACGUCAACUCUAUCACAUUCCAAAAAUAAGAGUUCUGUGCAAAAGUGUAAGAGCAAGCUGUCAACAGUGUAAAAACCAACGAGCAGUACCAAACCCUCCGUUGAUGGGCAAUCUUCCAGCAGCGAGACUUGCGGCUUUCGCUAGACCAUUUUCGUAUGUCGGGGUUGACUAUUUUGGCCCGAUUUCUGUGGCAGUUGGACGAAGACUCGAGAAGCGAUGGGGGGUACUGAUAACAUGUCUAACAAUACGAGCUAUUCAUGUGGAAAUUGCGCAUUCUCUAAAUGCCGACUCGUGUAUCAUGGCUCUGAGGAACUUUAUGGCUAGGCGAGGUGUACCAAUACGUAUUUUCAGCGAUAGAGGCACGAAUUUCGUAGCAGGUAGUAAAGAACUCGAAGCAGCAUUGAAAAACAUGGACCAAGACCAGGUGAUACGGGAGAUUGUAAGCCCUCACACUGAUUGGGAAUUUAUUCCCCCUGCCUCUCCACACAUGGGAGGAAGUUGGGAGCGAUUAGUGCGGUCCGUCAAAGUCAACCUGCAGAAGAUGAAACCUCAACGUAACCCGACAGAUGAAUCAUUGCGCAACAUACUAAUCGAAAUUGAACAUACUGUCAAUUCGCGUCCUCUGACGUUUGUUCCUGCCGAGGACUUCGAUGUAGACCUGUGCGCCGAACGAUUUAGAGGUUUUGAUGGGUAUGUUUGUGCCCUGUAUGACAAUAGAGCUAAUAAGCUGUAG